AUGCCCCCCAAGCGUCCGUCGGUCGCAGGAGAGUCGCCGCGUGUCGAAAAAGCUCCUCGAACCCAGCAUCCUACCGCCAGCGACUUCUCCAGAUCAGUAGCGAGCAAGUUAAAAUCAUCGACGCGGACGGGUCAGGCAUGCGACCGGUGUAAGAUCCGCAAGAUACGCUGUGACGGCAGGGCUGGCGGCUGUUCGCCAUGCUUACAGAAUAAUACGGAAUGCACGACCACCGAUAGAAUCACCGGCCGCGCCACAAUACGCGGGCACACCGAGCAGCUCGAGAUCGUGAAUCAGUAUCUUCGACAAGCACUUGAAGAACGGGAACAGCAGCUGAAAGAUAGUGGCAUAGACCUCAAGCCUCUUCCACAGUAUCCUGACUACGUUCCGCUGCCAUCGCCCGCACCACCACAACCAUAUCAACAUCAACCACAACCAUUGCAAUGGCCGCAGACUGGAUGUAACGGAGACAACUAUCUAGGGAUCUCGUCGGUCGACUCGGAACUGAGUCCUAUAGAAGCAACUUCGCUUACGUUCUUCGGCAAGAAGAUUGAUAUCAAAGACUUCAUACCGAAUGACGAACCAGAUGAGGCGGAGAGUCCGACUUCUUAUUUACAUUUUUUCAGAUACACUGCCGGAAAAGAGCAGCUUCCAUAUACCGUGUCUUUACCCCCCCUCCAGAAGUGCCAAGAAUACUCGGGUUACUUCUUCAGCUUCAUACAUCCCCACGGCCCAAUACUAUGCAAGCGCAAGUUCAUGGAGCUGCUUCCGCGGAUCUGCGACGGGCACGGUGCCCCUGUUUCGCCAGCUGAAUCUGUUAUGGUCCACAUGAUGCUAGCGCACAUCAUGUACCAAACCGGAUCCCGCAACAAGGAUGACCCUACCUCCAAAGACAUGCUCUCUGAGUCUCAUAAACACUACGCUUACUGCUUGACUGUUGCGGGCCAGUUGGCGGCAGGCCACUCAUUGGAGGACGUGCAGGCCCUGACGCUUAUAUCGCUUCAUCUUCGGAACUUUCCCAAACCCGGUGCAGCGUGGUUCAUGAGUCGACUCACAUUCACUAUAGCUCUUGAGCUCGGGCUUCAUCGAUCUGUUGGGGCGUGGGCGGACACGGCACCGAGGAGGGAGGUGGAAGAAGUCGAAACUAGAAAGCGGGUUUUCUGGACCCUUCACGGUCUUCUGGUCUGUCUCAGUGGCAAGCUCGGCCGACCCAUGCCCAUGCGUAUGGAGGACAUGGACGUGGAGUUUCCAGAGCCCAUUGACGACCACCUUCCCAGCGAAGAGGCAUCCAGUGACUUCCACAAAUGUUCCUUCCGCGCCAGCAUCUACACAGCGAAACUCCUCGUCAUAAUGAGUCAGAUGUAUAGCACCAUUUACGCUGUCAGACAAGCCCCGCAGUCCUACGAAAGCAACGUGCGAAAACUGGAAGAAGAAAUCAGGAAGUGGCGCGAACAGAUUCCUCCAGAAUAUGCGGAUCCCUUUUCUAUGAAUCGGGAGGAUCGCAUCACUGCCCUCCAUUUGCAAUCGCUGGAAGUGGAACUCAGGCUGCUCCUGCAUCACCCUACGACCUGUCACUCAACAUCGUCAGAGUUCAAGACUGCAAAUAUGACUGCGUGUCUCGAGGCGGCCUCCAAAAUGUUAGACACUGCCAACCAGCUCCGAAUAUACAUGUGUCUAGACAGUACGUGGAUGACCUGCACGGUAUACUUGGCGGCGAUCUUUACCAACCUCUUCGUGCACUACCAGCGCAGGGACAACAUGACAUCUGCAGAUCUGGCAAAACUGCAUUCAAACAUGGACGCCUGGCUGGUCAUCAUUAGAGAUUGCGGCGUCUUGCUAGGCUCCGGCGACCGCUUAGAGACCGAAACACGCCGCAUCAUUAAGGACGGCCUUAACAUGAUAAGCCGGCACCUGGCAAAGAAGACGGCCUCAGCCGCCGCCGCCGAGGUAGCAGAUGCACUCGCAUCAGCUUCUGGCCACCGGCAUCAAGAACCUCCUUCGGCGUCCGAUGGCUAUCAGCCUGCCAAUGCUUAUGCGCAAUACAGCACAGCCAUCAAUGGCAGCGAACACCAAGACACCAAAAACACUCGUCCAACAUAUCUCCCUCCAGACGACGUAGCGCAGCAGGCACAUCCAUACCCGGCCACAACCCCAAGAGUACAAUACUACGCCUCGGAGACGCCGCAACCCCCGAUGGCCACGUACGGCACGGGAGCUCCAAGCAACGAGGUCAUGACAGCAGCUCAGCAAGCCGUCCUCGCCACCGCCUCCGCUUCCGUCGCACAAUUCGGCUUCAUGGGCCCCUACGCACCACCGGAUGGAACCAUCGACAUGGACUGGCGCGAUUGGAUGGAACGGGCAGUUAACUUUGGCUCGAACGUUGGCAUGAGCGGCGGCCAAGACUACCUCAACUCGGCGAGCGCGCUGAUGGCGCUCGGAGGCGCGCAUAGACAGCCCGGACAGGAGAUGGGCGUUGGGGGAGGCGCGGCCGGCGUCCCUGUCACGGCGCAGGAUGGCGUCAUGCAUCACUUGCCGCAGCAAGGCCAGUGGCCGAACAUGGUCUUCGGUAUGGGCCAGGGACCGGGCACGUAA